CAACAACACUUGUGCUCUCUCUCUCUCUCCUCCCUAUAUAUACACAUCACACCUCUUUCUCCACACUCUCAUUCUCUCUCUCUCUAUCUCUCUCCAUUUUUUAAUCUUCACCACUUCCAAACAAGAGACACUCGCAAAGAGUUCUCGAACUCACAAAACAAAUUGUCAGUUUUUUUUUCUUCGAGAAAUUUUUUUUAUACAAACGUUACUCUUCCUUUCUUUCUCUCUGCUCUGGAUCUCUCCUCCAUUACCGAUGAUCUCGUUUUCUCUCUGAGCCAACUCGUCCCUGACUCGCUCUAACUCGUUUCCUCUUCCCAUUCUCCUCACUCACAACUCGGUUUCAAAAAUGUCGGACACGACGGCGACGGCGGCGGAUACGAAGCCGGUCCCGCCGGCGGAGGCUGAGAAGAAGAAAGAACAGAGCUUACCGUUCUUCAAGCUCUUCUCUUUCGCAGAUAAAUUCGAUUAUCUCUUGAUGAUCACUGGCUCUAUUGGCGCCAUUAUCCAUGGCUCUUCCAUGCCUGUCUUCUUCUUGCUCUUCGGUGAGAUGGUCAAUGGAUUCGGUAAAAACCAGAUGGAUUUGCAUCAAAUGACACAUGAAGUCUCCAGAUAUGCUCUGUAUUUCGUCUACUUGGGUUUGGUGGUUUGCUUCUCUUCAUACGCAGAGAUUGCAUGUUGGAUGUAUUCUGGAGAAAGGCAAGUAGCUGCACUGAGGAAGAAAUAUCUUGAAGCUGUAUUAAAACAAGACGUUGGAUUCUUCGACACCGAUGCAAGAACUGGUGACAUUGUCUUCAGUGUCUCUACCGAUACUCUUCUUGUUCAAGACGCCAUUAGCGAGAAGGUUGGGAAUUUCAUACAUUACCUGUCAACGUUUUUGGCGGGGCUUGUGGUUGGGUUUGUGUCAGCAUGGAGAUUAGCUUUGUUGAGUGUGGCGGUGAUUCCCGGAAUCGCUUUCGCCGGCGGUUUAUACGCCUACACGCUCACCGGAAUCACUUCGAAGAGCCGUGAAUCCUAUGCAAACGCCGGCGUUAUAGCUGAGCAGGCGAUUGCUCAAGUUCGAACUGUUUACUCUUAUGUUGGAGAGUGCAAGGCCCUGAGCGCGUAUUCAGAUGCGAUUCAGUACACGCUUAAGCUCGGUUAUAAAGCCGGGAUGGCUAAAGGAUUGGGUUUAGGAUGUACUUAUGGAAUAGCUUGUAUGUCAUGGGCUUUGGUUUUCUGGUACGCCGGAGUUUUCAUCCGGAGCGGAACAACCGAUGGAGGAAAGGCAUUCACUGCUAUAUUCUCUGCCAUUGUUGGUGGAAUGAGCUUGGGACAAUCUUUCUCCAACCUCGGUGCGUUUAGCAAAGGUAAAGCUGCUGGUUUCAAGUUGAUGGAGAUAAUUAACCAGAGACCAACGAUAAUACAAGACCCCUUGGACGGGAAAUGCUUGGAGCAAGUUCAUGGAAACAUCGAGUUUAAAGAUGUGACCUUUAGCUACCCUUCACGGCCUGAUGUUAUCAUCUUCAGAAACUUUUCGAUUUUCUUCCCUUCUGGGAAAACCGUGGCCGUGGUUGGUGGCAGUGGCUCUGGAAAGAGUACUGUUGUUUCCCUCAUUGAGAGAUUUUACGAUCCAAGCAACGGGCAAAUUCUGUUGGAUGGUGUUGAAAUAAAGACGCUUCAGUUGAAGUUCUUGCGUGAACAAAUCGGGCUUGUGAAUCAAGAACCAGCGCUUUUCGCCACAACCAUACUCGAGAACAUACUCUACGGAAAGCCUGAUGCAACUAUGGUCGAAGUCGAAGCUGCUGCCUCUGCUGCAAACGCGCAUAGCUUUAUUACGUUGCUUCCUAAAGGUUACGACACACAGGUUGGAGAACGUGGUGUUCAACUCUCAGGUGGACAGAAGCAGAGGAUAGCAAUUGCUAGGGCGAUGUUGAAGGACCCGAAGAUUCUGUUACUAGAUGAAGCUACAAGUGCUCUUGAUGCUAGCUCUGAGAGCAUUGUCCAAGAAGCUUUAGACAGAGUCAUGGUUGGGAGGACCACAGUGGUUGUUGCUCAUCGUCUCUGCACCAUAAGAAACGUUGAUUCCAUCGCGGUGAUACAACAAGGCCAAGUUGUUGAGACCGGAACACACGAAGAACUCAUCGCCAAAUCAGGCGGUGCUUACGCAUCUCUCAUAAGGUUUCAAGAGAUGGUUGGUACUCGGGAUUUCUCAAACCCGUCAACACGUCGCACCCGUUCAACACGUUUGAGCCACUCUCUGUCGACGAAAUCACUCAGCUUGAGAUCAGGAAGCUUGAGGAAUCUGAGCUAUUCUUACAGCACUGGAGCUGAUGGUCGGAUAGAGAUGAUUUCGAACGCAGAGACUGAUCGAAAGACUCGCGCGCCUCAGAACUACUUCUACAGGCUUCUCAAGCUUAAUGCACCGGAAUGGCCUUACUCAAUCAUGGGAGCAGUUGGCUCUGUUCUUUCUGGUUUCAUUGGUCCUACGUUUGCUAUUGUGAUGAGUAACAUGAUCGAAGUCUUCUACUACACAGACUAUGAUUCAAUGGAGAGAAAAACAAAGGAGUAUGUCUUCAUCUACAUCGGUGCUGGUCUCUACGCAGUUGGUGCUUAUUUGAUCCAACACUACUUCUUUAGCAUCAUGGGAGAAAACCUCACUACAAGAGUAAGAAGAAUGAUGCUCUCAGCUAUCUUGAGGAACGAGGUUGGUUGGUUCGAUGAGGAUGAACACAACUCGAGCCUGAUUGCUGCACGGUUAGCCACUGAUGCAGCCGAUGUUAAAUCUGCCAUAGCCGAGAGAAUCUCAGUGAUUCUGCAGAACAUGACUUCACUUCUCACAUCCUUCAUAGUUGCCUUCAUAGUGGAAUGGAGAGUCUCUCUUCUUAUCUUAGGCACAUUCCCUCUUCUAGUUCUUGCUAACUUUGCUCAGCAACUAUCUCUGAAGGGUUUUGCUGGAGACACAGCCAAAGCUCAUGCAAAGACUUCAAUGAUUGCUGGUGAAGGAGUAAGCAACAUUAGAACCGUAGCAGCUUUCAAUGCGCAGAGCAAAAUCUUGUCUUUGUUCUGUCACGAGCUCCGUGUCCCUCAGAAAAGAAGCUUAUACCGAAGUCAAGCCUCAGGUUUCCUCUUUGGCCUCUCCCAGCUUGCUCUCUAUGGAUCGGAGGCUCUGAUCCUCUGGUACGGCGCCCACCUUGUGAGCGAAGGCAAGUCAACCUUCUCCAAAGUGAUCAAAGUCUUUGUGGUUUUGGUCAUUACUGCAAACUCUGUUGCUGAAACCGUCAGUCUUGCUCCUGAGAUCAUCCGGGGAGGUGAAGCUGUUGGUUCAGUUUUCUCGGUCUUGGAUAGGCAAACCCGAAUUGACCCGGACGAUGCCGAUGCCGAUCCGGUCGAGACGAUCCGUGGAGACAUUGAUUUUAGGCAUGUGGAUUUUGCUUACCCUUCGAGACCAGACGUCAUGGUUUUCAGAGACUUUAACCUUAGAAUCCGAGCUGGACAUAGCCAAGCUCUUGUCGGCGCGAGCGGGUCAGGGAAAAGCUCUGUGAUCGCGAUGAUCGAGCGGUUUUACGACCCGCUUGCCGGGAAAGUCAUGAUUGAUGGCAAAGACAUCCGCAGGCUAAACCUGAAAUCUCUGAGGCUCAAGAUCGGUCUUGUUCAACAAGAACCAGCUCUUUUCGCAGCAACCAUCUUCGACAACAUCGCAUACGGGAAAGACGGCGCGACUGAAUCCGAGGUAAUCGAGGCGGCUCGAGCCGCAAACGCUCACGGUUUCAUCAGUGGGUUGCCUGAAGGUUACAAGACUCCAGUGGGGGAAAGAGGAGUGCAGUUAUCAGGUGGACAGAAACAGAGGAUCGCUAUAGCAAGAGCUGUGCUCAAGAACCCUACGGUGUUGCUUCUAGACGAAGCAACAAGCGCGCUGGAUGCAGAGUCGGAAUGCGUGCUGCAAGAAGCUUUAGAGAGGCUCAUGAGAGGCCGGACCACCGUGGUGGUUGCUCACCGCUUGUCCACCAUAAGAGGUGUCGAUUGCAUUGGUGUGAUUCAAGACGGGAGGAUUGUGGAGCAAGGCAGCCAUUCCGAGCUCGUAAGCCGACCAGAGGGAGCUUAUUCAAGGCUUUUACAGCUUCAAACGCAUAGGAUUUGAAGCGUGAUGGAUUAAAAAAACAAAAGUGGGGUUUGUGUAAUUUUUUUAAUCAAAACUUUUAAUUUGGGAGAUUUCUAUGGACUAUAAAGAUAUUAUGAAUAGGUGUAGAUAAUGAAGCUUUUGAGUGUUUAUCAAGGUUCUAUAAGGUUUUUCCCUUUCUUUCUUUCUUUUUUGGGAGAAGCUUUGCUUACGUCCCCGUUCAGGGACAUGAGAUGAGACUCAACUAUGUUUUCGUUAU